UAAUAUAUAUAGCCCUUGAAGGGUUGACUGCAAACCACCGAGCCAGGAAGAGCCAAAGGGAAAGACCAAAAGUGCAAAAUGUGGACAAGACUUGCUUUUCUAAGCUUUGCAUUUAUUUCAACGAUUAAUGCACAGGGUGGGCCUGGAGGGACAUCUUUAGGCGAUCAUGGACACGGAACUGUAGCGUUCUCCGUAGGACUGUCUCGAACCAUGCACGUGGCUAACGCCGAGACUGUCGUGUUCGAUAAAAUCUUCUCUAACCUCGCCACCGGAUACUCCGGUCACACAGGAAUUUUCAAAUGUCCUCAGAGUGGAAUGUAUGUAUUUCAUCUCCAUGCCUACAACAUGAACCAGGACAAAGCCAUGUGGCUAGAAUUGAAGAGAAAUAACGAAUUACUGGUGUCCAUUUCUGGGUACGAUAGCCACUCGACUGCCGGGAACUCGGUACUGGUUCAUCUAGAUCGCGGAGACAACGUAUUUGUGAAAGCCCGACAAGGGCAAGAGUUUUCGCUGUUUGGACUACAGGAUGAGAUCUACGCUACAUUCACAGGCUACAAAGUCAGCGAUGCUAGCUACCAGGCGCCAGCUAACCCGGAUCAGGACCCGUUUGCCUUUCUUAAUGGACGCAGACGUUAGAAUGCUGCAGACUUUUCAUUAGUGUGACAUUAUUGCAGUUAUGCUAUAAAGAUAUAACUGAGAUGUAAAAUCUAAUUUGAUUCAUGUAUGAUCCCCUCCUGAAAGGAAGUGGAAUAAAGUGCACCGUCAGUAAAGAU